AUGGACGUCACCGCUGAAAACUUCUGGCAGCUCCUGCCGAACAUGCUUGAGGCCAUCGCCGCGGCCGACUACGUGGCUGUGGACCUCGAGAUGUCGGGCGUCAUGGUCCGCGACUCGCUGACGACGGGCGAGGUGUCGUUCGAGCAGGCCUACGCUCGCCUCAGAAGCGCGGCCAACACAUUUUCAGCCAUCGAGCUGGGCAUCACGACGAUGCGAUUCGUCGAGUCGUCGUACCAGACCCAGACCUUCACCAUUCCCAUCUCGGCCAUAAUCCCCAGACAUACAAGGGAGGACGCGCAGCUGGCGAAGCUUCUCGACCGUAGGCUCACCCUGUCGUCCAACUCGCUCCGUUUCCUGGAGGAGCACGGCUUCGACAUGGACCGCACCCUCGGAGGCGGGGUGCCGUACCUCAGCCGCGAGGAAAUGGAGCUACUAUCUGAGCACUCCUUUUCCGGGGGCCGGGCGGAGGUUGAACCCGUGGAUGUAUCUUCUCUGGUGUCAUUCGACCGAUGCUUUUAUGAACGUCUUGUGGAGACUCUCAAGGCGUGGCUCGCCUCCAAGCCUAAGCCGGGGACUGCCUUGGAGAUUCCAGAGCCUCGCGGAGGCAACCUUCGACGCUCAACGAUUUCGCUCGUCAACCACGUUGUGGCGAGCGAGUUUCCGCAGUGCCGCUGCUGGCGACAGCGCACUGGCGAUGCCAUGAGCGUAUCGCUCCGCGAUGCAAAGAAACAAGAUGAGAUUGAACGGCGAGAGAGCGAAGCCAAAAUAACAUCGCUGGCCAAGAACUUUGGAAUGUCCUGGAUUGUCGAAGCACUGAUCGGCUUCGAAGGAGAAUCCGGCUACGAGAACAUGGCCAACAUUGUGCGAACUCAGAUAGUAGCAUCCCCCGAGGACGGACAGCCAUCAGGCAGACGUGACAAGGCAGACCAGCGGAAGUGGCAGACGCUCAUCGAGAAACUCGCGUUCAAAUCGAACAACAGAGUGCUCAUCGGCCAUAACCUCGUCUGGGACCUGGCAUUCCUUUACGGUACCUUCAGGGGCCCUCUGCCGCCUACCGUGGGCGAGUUCAGCACACUUAUCUGCGAAACGUUCCCACGCCUCGUCGACACGAAGCUGCUGCUGCGAGAGACCGUCGACCCCAACGUGGUCGACGAAACCCUCGAGGAGGUGUAUUUGGGGCUGCAACGCCAGGCGUACCCUUACAUCGAAACCGCGGUCGACGGUUGGGGCUUCGCGCAAGUGGGCGACAAGAAAGGAGCUGCCCACCACGCCGGCUAUGACAGCUACAUGACCGCAGUGGUGUUCCUGAAGCUGUGCUGCAAGAGAUGCCGCGUCGUCAAGCGCGCCUUGGCCGCCAGAGACGCCGGCGUGCAGCACGCAAAGGACCCAGGCGACAUCCUCGCGAGCACUUCGUGGCUCGGCAUCGUCGACGACCAGCUCUCCGCCAUGGACAGGUACCUCUACGGCGACGAGAUACGCAUCCCCGCAUUCGACGGAGAAUUCUUCCGAUCCGUGAGAAACAGGCUGCGCAUGAGCACCGCUGGCGUUCUCGUCCUCCGGGGCACCAUUUCCUCGCCCUGGAAUCGCAGCAUCGCCUCGGCGGCGGACGCGGAGGAAUCGGCGGCGCGCAGUUCCGGGGGAGGAGGACCCGAGGACGACGACGUCUUCGCUGCGAAGAUGCAGAGACGUGCGGAUAAACCCACCACUGACUUGACGGCGCACCAGAUGUGGGGUGUGCUCAAGGCCGACUUGAGCCGCUUCAUGUCGAGCAUCUACGACUUUGACAGGGAGUUUGAGUGUCCAGGCGGGCUGGAGAAGUUCCACGCCAUGGUCGAUGCGCUCGACGAGGACAUGGAGAAGACUCGAGGCAAGAUUGCUAGCUACCUCGCUGGGGCGAGAGGCAUGGGACACAAGUGA